AAUCCCAAACGCAUCGCUGUGAAUACUAACCUUGUUACUGUUAGCUUAGCUUGCUAAAUCACUACACAAGGAUAUUAGCUAGCUUCAUGCUAAUUUGGGUUCAGCGGAAAUGGGUUUAAUGAACGUUUUUCUUACACCGCUGUACAAUAAAAAUACUUUUGUCCGGUUUUUAUGAAUUUAAAUUGUUAAUCUUGUUCGUGUUUUGUUGGAUUUGUGGUAGUUAGCAUUAGGCUAAUGAGCGAGUUACUACCCUAAUCCCAAACAGCUCUCCACUGCCUAUAUAGGUGCACUACAUAGGGUGUGUUGGUCCACAUUGCACACUCUACCAAGUGCACUAUUUGUUCAAUAAAGCAUCAUUUGGGAUGGAGCCGAUCGCCUGAGGAACCGCUCGAACUUCACUCAGCUUUCUACAAAACCCGGCUCUUUGACCCGACAUUCAUUCGUCUUCACUCAGGCCCUGCUCACGCUACGGCUCGCGAUGGGUUUGCGAAAACUCGGCGAUGAAAAAUCAGUAAACAUCGCCACUAAUCGUGCGAUGCACGGCGAAUGUUCUCCAAGCUUUGCGAGUUGUUUUGUGGUGUGACUGAAAACAUCGCGAAGCAUUGACGCUAGAGGCCAUGUGCCCGGAUACCACAUCGCAACUCCAUACUGGAGAGCAAACGUUCAGGUAAACAGAACCCUCGACAAGGUCAGGAACAAAAGUUCCAGCAGUUUAUUGUGCUGAAUAUAUUUCCUUUUAUCGAAGAAUUGUCAACGCAGUUUUUCAAGUUUAAUUUCGACUCAGGAAAAAUGUAGUUUAUUGCAAAGACGUCGACUUUCAACGGACGGCGUUUGGAUCUUUGCGGCCAAACAACAUGGUGACUUCGCAAGAGUGGCAGAGUCAGACGGAGUGUGACGAAAAAUGGCUUUGCAGCGGAUUCUGUUUUUGCUCAGGCCACAUGGGAGCCAAUUAUCACGAUCAGUUACUGCAUUCAAAUACUUCAGCACAAGAAAUGUAGACCACACUGAAACAAAAACGGACCUCCAUGAUGCUGAAACAGACUCCUCGUCUGCUGGUUCCAGUUCUGAGAACAAGUCUUUGUUGGAGAACCUCAGUAUCCUUGGCGUGGAUGUGCAGAUGGCACGGCGGCGUCAACCUGGAGUUUUCCGUAAAAUCCAAACCAACGAGCAAGGAUUGAUUGAUUUCCUUGAACAGAAAGGCGCAAGCCGUGAUGUCAUCGCGAGUAUAAUUUCCCGUUUUCCACGUGCCAUAACGAGAUCUGAGGAACACCUGGAGGAACGCUGGCGUCUGUGGCGCAGCAUCUUCAACAGCGAUUCCGAGGUUGUGAAGAUCCUAAACCGUUCUCCAGAGUCCUUCUUCCGCUCAAGUGAUAACGGCAACCUGGAGAAGAACAUACACUACCUCAGUUCAUUGGGAAUAAAGCCAAAAGAUCUGCACCGCCUCCUAACCAUGGCACCGAGGAUCUUCUCAAACACGUUGGCACUGAACCGGACAAUGGUGGAGCUCCUGGAAUGUGUGUGCACGAGCCUUGGAGGUGCUGACAGUGAAAAGUUUGCACGCAUGGUCAUUUCCAGAAAUGUGUACAUCCUGAUCCGGAGCACGAAGCGUGUCAGGUCCAACAUCGAGUUCCUCUUGAGCGUCCUGGAUCUCAGUGAUGACGAGGCGCUUAAGCUUCUGCAGAGCCAUGGUGCCAAAAUCCUCGACCUGUCGCAUGAAAAUAUGAAAACGAACUACAAAAGCCUGCAGCUGAAGCUCAAGUCUCUGGGCUGCAGCCAGGUGCAGGUGAGGGGGCUCAUCCUGAACUAUGCUCCCGUACUCUUUGUUUCGUCAGACACGCUGAACCAGAAGCUGGACUGCUUGAUUGAAAGUGGGAUUGAUAUCAGAAGCAUCAUAGAGAAGCCUAAAGUGCUGGACUACAGUGUCGCCACCUUGAAACAGCGGCUGCACGAUCUGCACCAACUUGGUUAUGACUUUAAGAUGAACGGAAUCAGCGUCUUGGAUUUGAGCAGCAAGCGUUUCGCAUCUAAAAUGGAGAAACUGAGAGAACUUGGAGUGUGAGAGGCUGUCAAAUGACUACAGCUUUAAAACCCCAGUUUUGAAGAUUGACUUUGGGUGCAUGUACAUCACACAAGUGUGUGCUUAAGGCGCAAGGUGGCAGAGUAUGUGGUGGGAGAAGAUUGUUCAGCUAGCAGGUCACGCAAAAUGUCCAUUGAAGCACGUAGUGCCUCCAUCUGUGAGCCUGUCCUGUGUCUAUUCCAACGUCACAUCAGUGUGCACUCGAGCACAAGCGGGUAGCUUGUGAGAUUCUCACACUUUGGAUACAUCACAUCAUGUUCCUCAAUGGCUAAUGCGUCUAAUACAUGCUAAAGUGCUAUGCUGGUUUGCAAAGGGGUUAACAUAUUCGCCAGCUUGGAACUGACCAUUCAGGUCACGCUACACAGCCAAAAGUAUGUGAACACCUGACCAUCAAACCCUGUGAUUACAAUUUCCCUUCACUUGGGCCUAAACCUGUACAGCAUGACACAAAGCACAGGAGCUCCAUGAAGACCUGGUGUGUUAAAGUCGGAGUGAAGAACCCUGACUGAAGUCAACUCUACUGAAGAUCUUUGGGAUGAACUGGAGGAUCCUCAACAUCUUAACAUCAGUACCUGAUCUCGGUAAUGCUCUUGUAGCUGGAAUGAAGGAACACCCAUCCCAACAGCCAACUCGAGUGGAAGAGAAGGGAAGCGCUAAUUGUAACAGGGAAAAGGGAAUAAAUCUGGAAUGGGAUGUUCACCAAGCACAAGGAUGUACGAGUGUGAUCGUGCGGGGUGCACGUACGUUUGGCUGUGUAGUGUACAUCUGCUUAUUUACUGAAUGUUUUUUCCCCCCCGAUAACACGGUGAUAUCUGUAUAGAUGGAAAUAUCAGAGGAAUAAAACCCAGAACUUAUACCCUUUUAAUAUAAAUGUUGAUUAAAUAGUUUAAUUUAUUAUUUUCAAAAAGGUAUCUGCAGAUUCAGCUCUUCUCUUCUGGUCCACAGUGAGAUCCUCGACCAGGAAUCAUCCCACAAGCCUUCAUCAAACAGAGACAGAAAAGGAACCGGUCUCAAAAUGGCAGAUCAGGUGGAGGUUUAGAAUGCAGCGUACUGUAUAUCCCAUCCAGUGGUCAUACAGUAUUAUCUCUUAUACUACAGCACUGACUGGUUAAUCCUGAAGAGAAAAAAUAAGGAAGGCUGGUGAGGGAACGAAUGUUUAUCGCUGCUAUAAUAUAACGAACUUGUGUCACAGACGAGACACAGCACUGAAUGUAACUAUAAUUGGCUAAAAAGCACAACGCGUCGUUCGUUAAUAAAUUACACAUAAGUGUUUUGCUGUGGUAUAAGGGGAGUAAAACACUUAGUGACGCCGCACCCUCCAAGUGUUUUAUACACCUGAAACUGACUCUGUACACAUCCUUGUGAUAUGCGUGAUCAUGCAUACUGCUCUCAGCCAAUCAGAACACACUAUUGUUUUUAUUAUUAUUCUUGGACAGCACUGUGUCACUCCAUUGUGUGCUUAUAACAACACUGAAAGGAAAGUGACCUUUACCUGAGAGUAGGCGUUCCAGGCAUUAUUACCUGGUGGCUAAUGCUAGCUUGUCAGCCCUAUUUAUCAGAAAAAUAAAUGUACAGUACACCACACAAUUUUCUAUGUAGAAGUAAUUCUAUUUGGGAAAAAAGAUGAAAGACUCAGGAUUACCACUAUUCUUGACCCAAAGGGGAUUAAAACAAAAGAUAUGGUUAAAAAUCUUGUUUUCAUUGACAGCGAGCUAAACUUUGACAGUCACAUGAAAGCAAUCACUAAAUCGGCAUUUUAUCACCUAAAAAACAUUUCCAAACUAAGAGGACUUAUGUCAAAAAAUGAUCUGGAAAAACUUGUACAUUCCUUCAUCUCUAGUAGGGUUGAUUACUGCAAUGGCCUUUUCACAGGCCUGCCAAAAAAGACCAUCAAACGACUUCAGCUGGUUCAAAAUGCAGCGGCGAGGGUUCUCACACGAACAAAAAGAACAGAGCACAUUACUCCAAUUCUAAGGUCCCUUCACUGGCUUCCAGUAAGCUACAGAAUUGACUUUAAAGCAUUGCUGCUGGUGUACAAAUCUCUAAAUGGUACAGGGCCCAAUUACCUCUCUGAUAUGUUGCAGCGGCCUAACCCAAUCAGAUCUACCAGAUCGAAACAGCAAAGUUUACUGGUAAAACCUGUUGUUAAAGCAAAGUGUGGUGAAGCAGCUUUUAGCUACUAUGCAGUACAGCUAUGGAACCAACUGCCAGAGGACAUCAAAAAUGCUCCUGCUGUUGGCAGCUUCAAAUCUAGACUAAAGACCAAGCUGUUCUCAGAUGCUUUCUGUUAACUGAUAUAGUCACCUUUCCAUGUUUUAAACUUUACUUAACUUUUAUUCUAUUUUAUUCUGCUGUUUUUUCUGAACUUUUACUUCAUUUUAUUAUUUUAUUUUUACUAUUGUUUAAUUCUUAUUUUUUUCUCUCUUCUUCCCCCUUUAUUUUAUGUAAUUUUAUUUUCUAUUGUUUACUGUUUUACCUUAACCUCUGUAAAGCACAUUGAACUGCCACUGUGUAUGAAAUGCGCUAUAGAAAUAAACUUGCCUUGCCUAUGUAAAUUUUAUUUGUAAAAUAUGGUGUUAACGAAGUAGAAGUACCGAGUAGUGAGCCUG